CGCCGAUGUUGAUUAAUAUUCUGUUUUUUUAUGCUCCAGGAGGAAGAACUGCUCGAUCCGUCGGAGAUCUCAACACCUGAGAUUGGUAUUCAAAGACCAGCAGAAGAGAUUCAAGGUGCACACAGCCCAGUGCAGAAUAUUUCAGGAACUAACAACGUUCUAGAACCAGGGUUGGAUAUUCCUCCUCUGGAACUCACAAAACCGGUUUCAGGUUUCCAAGAUUUAGCGGAAAAUGCCCCAGCAGGUCUAGCUCCUGAUUCCACUGCUGCAACCUUGGACAAUUUCCCGAAGAUUCCUGGACUUUUCCAAGGAAAUGGAAUUUCAUUCAUUCAUGUUCGUCCUGGACAGCUGGUAGCAGCCAGUAAACCAUCAGCAGCUGCCAUUGCAGACGAGGGAGGGAUGGCACAAUCAGCACCUGUAUCCUCCGCAAUAGUUGGAGUGGGUGGGAUAGCAUUGUCGAUACCAACAAGUACCGCGCUGGCAGGGAAGGGAGGGAUGGCACUGUCUGUACCAACCUCAUCUAGUCAAGGCGGACCGGGCAGUAUAGUUAUAGCAGGUGGACAAUCUAUUGCUAUUGCUGGAGUUAAGAAUGUAGGAGAUGCUCUUGUACAGCUUGGUGAUCUAGGAGGUAGUCCAGGGCAGGCAUAUCAACCCUCAUUCCAAGCAGUUGAUGGUAGUCUUAAUAGACAAGGGGCUGCUCAGAAUACUAACUGGUAUCAGACACCAGUUAGACAACCCUUAAAUUCACAGUAUCCUUCCUUUUUUCAGUAUCCAAAAGGUAACCAGUAUCCAAUGGCUAAUCAGUAUCCUACAGUUAACCAGUAUCCUGCCAGUAACCAGUAUCCUGCAGUGGGUAACCAGUAUCCUCACAGUAAUCAGUAUCCUGCAGCGGGAAACCAGUAUCCUGCCAGUAAUAACUAUCCUGCGGGUAACCAGUAUCCUGCCAGUAAUCAGUAUCCUGCAGUGGGUAGCCAGUAUCCUGCCAGUAACCAGUAUCUUACAGAUAAUCAGUUUCAAAUUGCCUCCCAGUAUCCAGCUUCCAACCAGUAUCAUACCUCUGCCCAGUCUCCAGGCUCUGCCAAGUAUCCAACCUUAUCUGAAUAUCCUGGUUCUCUCAAGACUCCGGGUGUACCUGGAGCCACAAGAACACAAGAACCUGGAUAUAUAAUUGCAUAUAACCAGAAGGAUCAACCGGAUCCUAUUGAGACUCACAACACAUAUAUAUAUCCUAGGAUUGAAAAUUACUUCAUAAAUACACCUUUGGAUUCAUUGAAUUCCUUGAAAACAUUUCUAGCAGAUCAUCAACAUUCAGAAGAUAUUAGUAGAUAAUUCAGUUCAUAGUUUUAGCAGAUUAUAAACCUUCUAUAGAAGAUAUUAAUAGAUAAUUCAGUUCAUAGUUUUAGCAGAUUAUCAACCUUCUAUAGAAGAUAUUAAUAGAUAAUUCAGUUCAUAGUUUUAGCAGAUUAUCAACCUUCUAUUGAAGAUAUUAGUAGAUAAUUCAGUUCAUAUUUUUAGCAGAUUAUCAACCUUCUAUAGAAGAUAUUAAUAGAUAAAUCAGUUCAUAGUUUUAGCAGAUUAUCAACCUUCUAUUGAAGAUAUUAGUAGAUAAUUCAGUUCAUAUUUUUAGCAGAUUAUCAACCUUCUAUAGAAGAUAUUAAUAGAUAAUUUAGUUCAUAUUUUUAGCAGAUUAUCAACCUUCUAUAGAAGAUAUUAGUAGAUAAUUCAGUUCAUAGUUUUAGCAGAUUAUAAACCUUCUAUAGAAGAUAUCAAUAAUUUCUUGAGUUCAUAUUUUUAGCAGAUUAUUAACCUUCUUUGGAAGAUAUUAAUAGAUAAUUCAGUUCAUAUUUUUAGCAGAUUAUCAACCUUCUAUUGAAGAUAUUAAUAGAUAAUUCAGUUCAUAGUUUUAGCAGAUUAUCAACCUUCUAUAGAAGAUAUUAAUAGAUAAUUCAGUUCAUAGUUUUAGCAGAUUAUCAACCUUCUAUAGAAGAUAUUAAUAAUUUCUUGAGUUCAUAUUUUUAGCAGAUUAUUAACCUUCUAUAGAAGAUAUUAAUAGAUAAUUCAGUUCAUAUUUCUAGCAGAUUAUCAAUCUUUAGAAGAUAUUAGAUUAGCAGAUAAUUCAGUUCAUAUUUCUAGCAGAUUAUCAACCUUUAGAAGAUAUUAGAUUAGCAGAUAAUUCAGUUCAUAUUUCUAGCAGAUUAUUAACCUUCGGAAGAUAUUAAUAGAUAAUUCAGUUCAUAUUUCUAGCAGAUUAUCAAUCUUUAGAAGAUAUUAGAUUAGCAGAUAAUUCAGUUCAUAUUUCUAGCAGAUUAUCAACCUUUAGAAGAUAUUAGAUUAGCAGAUAAUUCAGUUCAUAUUUCUAGCAGAUUAUUAACCUUCGGAAGAUAUUAAUAGAUAAUUCAGUUCAUAUUUCUAGCAGAUUAUCAACCUAUAGAAGAUAUUAGAUUAGCAGAUAAUUCAGUUCAUAUUUCUAGCAGAAUAUCAACCUUUAUGAAGGUAUUCAUGAGCUUUUAUGGCUGCAUUUCAGUGAAUGAAAAAAGGGGUUGUUGACAUUUACAUUACACAGGGUUACCCACAAAAGAUGAGACGUCUGGAUUUAUUUUUCAUCUGGUUAUCGUUAUGUUAAAGGGAAAAAU